AUGGCUCUCUUGUCUAGAGUGUUAAACCAUCACUCUGACAAGAGCCCCCGUGUGAGUAAAUUGGCACUCACCCCUACUCUGCUGCGGCAAAGCGAAGACCCGCCUGCUUCCUUCAGUCUCCGUAUUAAACUUGAAUCACCGCCGAUUGUCUUGUAUGGCCAAGCCCAUGAACUGUCGGGUUCGAUAUUGUCUGGCGUUUUGACCUUAGAUGUGCUGAACUUGUCAAGAACAACUCUGCGUGGUGGACUGACAGCUAAUUUGGCCUUGUCCCCUGUAAGCCUGGCUGUUUCCAUAGCUUGCGAAGAAGUUAUGCUUGAAAUCGUGACUCUUCAGCUCAUACAAACAUUCCACGUACUGAAACCAUUUAUGCCUACUUCCAGCCUGAUAUUAGCAUGCAAGAAUUGUGCACAUCGGGAGACCGUUUUAGCCGAAUGGGACAUUUCACUGCUGAGGUGCUCCUUUGCCGUCGGCUCUUACGCAUAUCCCUUCUCGCAUCUAAUGCCAGGACUGUUAACUGGGUCUUCUAAACUUGGCGAUGCGUCCUCAUGCACCUACAUAAGAUACGAGCUUAGCGCAACAGCGCGAUCUGUUGAUGGCAAAGAAGUAAAAGCGGUUCUUCCGUUGGAGAUACUGCGCUCAAUUCUUCGAGGGCCAGACAAGAACUCUCUCCGAGUUUUUCCACCAACUGAGGUUGUCACAAGUGCCGUGCUUCCCGGCGUUAUGUACCCCAAAUCAACUUUGCCGAUAGAAUUGCGCAUGGAGAAUAUUGUGAAUGAGAACCACACUCGCCGGUGGAGAAUGCGUAAGUUGCUGUGGAAGCUUCAAGAGAGCACUCAGGUUCGAGCGUUUGCGUGUAAACAUCACCAAAGCAAACUUGAAUCCAUUAUCAGAGGCCAAAGGGUACAGCAAGAAUCGAGGUCACUUCGUGCGGAUCCUACUGGCAAAAAAGUGGCUCGUGGUGGAUUUGAAAGCUCCUCUAAAAUCUCUGGAAUGCAUCACCUGACUGUGCAAACGCUGAUGUUUGUAAGUCGCCCUCCUGCAAGCGUUGGAAGUGAAAUACUGCCAACUCUUCUAGAGCAGCUGGAACCUCAGACUCUGGCUGAUCAAGACACAGAGAUGCCUCGGGAGGAAGCUCCCAGCAAUCGAAUCAGUGACGAGGUGGUGAAUUUUGAGGAGGAUUUUGGCAUCACAACAACUUUGCAAGACCAAAAUAAUGAAUCAAAUGUAAACGGAACUCCAGAGCCGCAGCUGCAACGUCCUACAAAUCCAGACACCCUUGAGUCUGAUGCACAGAGUGAGGACUUAUACUUCGAUGAGUUAAGAAUAGUUGGACAUGGUGACGUUAAGUCGGGGUGGAAAUCAGAUUUCCUGGGGCGGGGUCGUAUCGAGCUUGUCUUAGAUGUGAAUAUUUUGGGCUGUUCCACUGGUACUAGGCUUAACAUGACAGAGGCGUCUUCGGACAAUCCAAUAGACAAAGGAAAGAUCGAAAUCGUUCUUCAAGAUACCAAUGUUGCGUGUGAUAUACAUGAUCCGGUUCUAGGUGUGUAUGUGAGUCAUCUUCUAAUAGUGGAAAUGAUAGUGGCAGAGGAACAGAUCAGAAUCCCACGUUCUGAUGGACUUCAUCCUGUGAGCUCUACUAGCUCGACCGGGGCGUCCUCUUCUGCUGCCGGUAUUCCGACAGGCGCCGCAAGAGUACUUCGAAUGCAAUUCAAAGUUAUUCUUACAGAACGCUCGGGUCUCGGAAUCGCUUGGGAUGAUGAAGUUCCACCGACUUAUCAUGAUGUUAAAGCUUUGAGUCCACCCACAUAUGCCACACUGGCCACAAACACGCCGGCUUCCUUGGUCGGUGUAUCGCUUGCUAGCCCAACAAUUUUGUUUGGAGUUGGCGAUAAUGCUAUGGAUCGAUUAAGGCUGGCGGAACAAGCCAAUAUUGAUCUGAUAACCGGGGCAGAGGAUAUGAUACAAGAAUUGAGCCUUUGA